UUCGAACGUGGAGUUGUAAAGAACAAUAUUUCGUUGCAGCGGUGUGACGGUUUCUAUUAUUUAGUGUAAUAUCUUGUGCUAUAAGAAUUCUUAAAAAAAUUAUAAAAGUACAUAUUAUAAGAAUUAAUUGUACACAUGCUUGGAUUGGGUUCAUUACGCUAAAGAAAUAUCGGUGCGCGGUGCUGUAAAUUGUGCUGGUGUGUCAAGCUAGCGCUCCGCUGGGCAGUAGAAAUAAAUUUCACUGCCAACAGCUAAAAGAAAUUAUUAAAAAGUGGUUAUCAGGUGGACGCCUAACAAGUGCAAAAUAUUUUUCAUGCAUUCACCAAUGUACUGAAUGAAUUCUAACUGAAAUCUGUAUAUUUUAUUAUAUUGUACAAUAAUGAAUGCCUUUGAUUUGACGAGAGCGCUGCUUUGUUGUGGAAUUUUUUUCAUAAGCUGCAACAUACGGAAUGUUACUGCAGAUUCCUAUAACGACUACUUCUCUGAUUACGAUUGUAAUCAACCACUUAUGGAGCAUGCUGUUCUUACGGCCACUUCAUCUUUGAACGAUAGAGGUCCGGAGAAGGCGCGCCUUAAUGCCGGUACUUCGUGGUCGGCGAAAAAUUCCGAUUUCGAUCAACGUCUUAUCAUCGAUUUGGGUUAUGUGAGAAAUGUGACACACAUCGCGCUGCAAGGACGACCGCACAGCGAUGAGUAUGUCACCGAAUAUUCAAUUAGUUAUGGCAUAUCUGAUUUGGAGUUUGCCGACUAUAAAGAACCAGGUGGCAACAUUAAGAUGUUCAAGGGUAACUCCGAUGGCAAUUCCAUACACUACAAUGUGUUCGAGGUGCCCAUUAUUGCCCAGUGGGUGCGUAUCAAUCCAACACGCUGGCACGAUCGCAUUUCGAUGCGUGUGGAACUCUAUGGCUGCGAUUAUGUUGCGGAGAACCUGUACUUCAACGGCACCGGCCUAGUCACCUACGAUCUGCAGUAUGAGCCAGUGGCGUCCACACGUGAAUCCAUACGUUUCCGUUUCAAAACCGCUUUCGCCAAUGGUCUGCUUAUGUACUCACGCGGCACACAGGGUGACUAUUUCGCUUUGCAGCUGAAGGAUAAUAAAAUGAUAUUGAAUCUGGACUUGGGCAGCAGUUUGAUGACUUCGCUCUCAGUGGGCAGUCUGUUGGACGACAAUGUGUGGCACGAUGUGGUGAUCUCGCGCAACCGCCGUGAUAUUAUAUUCUCGGUGGAUCGUGUCAUAGUACGUGGCCGCAUUAAGGGCGAAUUCACGCGCUUGAAUUUGAAUCGUGCGCUCUACCUCGGUGGUGUACCCAACAUUCAAGAAGGCAUUAUUGUAACGCAAAAUUUCACCGGCUGCAUGGAAAACAUAUUCAUCAAUUCCACGAAUUUCGUACGCGCGAUGAAGGACAGUUUCGAAUACGGAGACGCGUACCGUUAUACAAAGUACCACACCGUUUAUGCCUGCCCCUCGCCACCCAUUUACCCGGUUACGUUCACCACACGCGGCUCAUAUGUGCGCAUCAAGGGCUAUGAAGCGCAAAGCACAAUGAAUGUUUCCUUCUUUUUCCGCACUUACGAGGAUAGAGGCAUAAUGCUGCAUCAUGAUUUCGCCUCGGGCGGCUAUGUGCGUGUGUUCUUGGAAUUUGGCAAGGUGAAAAUCGACAUGAAACUGGCCGAUAAGCCACGCAUCAUACUGGACAACUACGACGAACAAUUCAAUGAUGGCAAAUGGCAUUCGUUUGUGUUGACAAUUGGGCGUAAUCGUUUGGUGCUCGACAUCGAUCAGCGGCCGAUGACCACAACGAAGAACAUACAAAUAUCGACGGGUAAAGUUUACAACAUCGCUGGUGGUGUGGAUAAGAAUGGUUUUGUGGGUUGCAUGCGCAUGAUAUUGGUCGAUGGCAAUUAUAAGUUGCCCAAGGAUUGGGUGCAGGGCGAGGAAGUGUGUUGCGGUGACGAGGUGGUGGUGGACGCCUGCCAAAUGAUUGAUCGCUGCAAUCCAAAUCCAUGCCAGCACAGUGGCGUCUGCCACCAGAAUUCGAUGGAGUUCUUCUGCGAUUGUGCCAACACGGGUUAUGCGGGCGCUGUGUGUCACACAUCUAACAAUCCACUGUCGUGCCAGGCCUACAAGAAUGUGGGUCAUGUGAAUCAGCGCGUUAAUUUGAAAAUUGAUGUUGACGGCAGUGGUCCGUUGGAGCCCUUCCCCGUUACUUGCGAGUUCUAUUCCGAUGGUCGCGUCAUUACCACACUCAGUCACAGUCAAGAGCACACAACUACUGUGGAUGGCUUCCAAGAGCCAGGCUCAUUCGAACAGAAUAUCAUGUAUGAUGCCAAUAUGCUGCAAAUCGAGGCGCUGCUGAAUCGCUCACACACCUGCUGGCAGCGUUUGAGCUACUCAUGCCGUUCAUCGCGUCUCUUCAAUUCGCCUUCUGAAGCGGGCAAUUUCCGUCCCUUCUCUUGGUGGGUUUCGCGCCACAAUCAACCCAUGGACUAUUGGGCUGGUGCACUGCCCGGUUCGCGUAAAUGCGAGUGCGGCAUUUUGGGCAAAUGUCACGAUCCAACGAAAUGGUGUAACUGCGAUUCGAAUAGUCUUGAAUGGACCGAGGAUGGCGGUGACAUACGUGAAAAGGAGCAUUUGCCGGUGCGCGCAGUAAAAUUCGGUGACACUGGCACACCGCUCGAUGAGAAACAAGGGCGUUACACUUUGGGUUCACUGCGUUGUGAAGGCGAUGAUCUAUUCACCAAUGUGGUGACAUUCCGCAUUGCCGAUGCGACCAUUAAUUUGCCACCAUUCGAUAUGGGUCAUUCGGGUGAUAUUUACUUGGAGUUCAAGACGACGCAAGAGAACGCUGUACUCUUCCAUGCAACUGGACCGACUGAUUACAUCAAAUUGAGCAUAAACGGUGGCAACAAGCUGCAGUUCCAAUAUCAAGCGGGCAGCGGACCACUUGGCGUAAAUGUCGGCACAAGCUAUCAUUUGAACGAUAAUCAGUGGCACACAGUGAGCGUGGAGCGCAAUCGCAAGGAAGCGCGUCUGGUCGUUGACGGCUCCAUCAAAGCGGAGGUGCGUGAGCCACCAGGUCCAGUGCGUGCCUUACAUCUCACAUCCGAUUUGGUAAUUGGCGCUACGACUGAGUAUCGUGACGGCUAUGUUGGUUGCAUACGCGCUUUGUUGCUCAACGGUAAAAUGGUGGAUCUGAAACAGUAUGCCCUGCGUGGUCUGUACGGCGUGAGCGCCGACUGUGUGGGCCGUUGCGAGUCCAGUCCCUGUCUAAAUAAUGGCACGUGUAUCGAACGUUACGAUGGCUACUCGUGCGACUGCCGUUGGAGCGCAUUCAAGGGCCCAAUUUGUGCUGAUGAAAUUGGCGUCAACUUGCGCACAAGCUCUAUUAUACGCUAUGAGUUUGAGGGCUCCUUCCGUUCGACGAUUGCUGAGAAUAUACGCGUUGGAUUUACAACAACAAUACCCAAAGGUUUUCUGCUCGGUUUAUCGUCAAAUUUGACUGGUGAAUAUUUGACAAUACAAAUAUCGAAUUCAGGUCAUUUGCGCUGUGUUUUCGAUUUCGGUUUUGAGCGUCAGGAGAUAAUUUUCCCCAAGAAACAUUUCGGUUUGGGUCAAUACCACGAUGUGCGGUUCUCACGUAAAAAUGGCGGCUCCACGGUGGUGCUUACAGUGGACAACUACGAGCCAGUCGAAUAUAAUUUCGAUAUAAAAGCCAGCGCGGACGCGCAAUUCAACAACAUACAAUACAUGUAUAUAGGCAAAAAUGAAUCGAUGACAGACGGUUUUGUGGGCUGUGUGUCGCGUGUGCAAUUCGAUGACAUUUACCCGCUGAAACUGAUGUUCCAACAGAAUCCACCAGCUAAUGUGAAAUCACUGGGCACUCAAUUGACUGAAGACUUUUGCGGCGUGGAACCCGUCACACAUCCGCCCAUUGAAAUCGAAACGCGUCCACCACCACUUGUCGAUGAGGAUAAAUUGCGUAAGGCGUACGGCGGCUUCUCUAUUGUACUAGGCUUCAUUUUGGUUAUACUGCUGCUGCUAUUGCUGCUCAUGAUCUUCUUAAUUGGCCGUUACGUGCACCGCCAUAAAGGCGAUUAUCUGACGCACGAAGAUGAGGGCGCCAACAACGCCGACGACCCGGACGAGGCCGUUCUGCACUCGAGAACAGGCCAUCAAGUGACAAAACGGAAAGAGUGGUUCAUAUAGUUCGGCAUGCAGCAUAUAGGCAAUUGGAGCACGUAGUCGACGCGGUAGCUACAACUCUACACAGCCUGCUGCAACCUUGCAAUCACAACUAUACAACGCACGUAAGCGUACGCACCCACACAUACACACAAACUGACACGUAUAAAAAAGAGAAACUGUUCAAUGUGGUUUUCAAAAGCAAAUCGAUGAAUUAGCGUAGCGUAAAAUGUAUUUUACACAUAAUAAUUAUGUAAUUAUAUUAAGCAUGACAUGACAAACGGCGACGCAGACGUUUAGCCAUAGAGAAGUAUAACGAAAUGCGUGUAAAAAUUGAAUACGAAACUAAGUAUUUGUAGCAGUUCAUAGAAAACUUCGGCUGAUACGAAAGUAAUGUUCUUAAAGUGAACAAGAUGAUGCUUUUAACUGAACACGAAAAUCAAUAUAUGACGAUCAAAAGUAAAUCACAGUAAAUUAAGCGAAAUUAAAGUGUAAACAAUUCUCAUUGGACGUUGCGUGUCACACUGCCAAAUUUUGAAAUAAGCGAAGACCAGUUGGAAGUGGUACAAUACGCAGCAGAGUCUUAGACGUCGCGGCAUUCCUAAAAAGUCAAGUGUUCUUAUCUACACAAAGUAAAACAAAAAACAAUAGGCAUAUACCAUAUACAAUAAUUGCCAAAAAAGUAGACCCACUUACUUUUGCUUCCAACUGGAUGUUUGAAUAAUCAAAUUUUUUGUCGUAAUUUUUUUUGCUGAAUUUUUUGUAUUCUGCUCGCUUGCUAACUUUAAGUUCAUCGUUUGGUUUUAUGUUUACAUUACGUAUUUCUUUAUAUUUUUUUUUACAAAAUAACCUUUUAUAGGUUAGUUUUUGAAAAAAAAAAAACUCAUAAUAUAGGCAUCUCUCAAAAGUAAAUUUAUACCGUCCAUUUUCUUUAUUUUAAGUUUUUAUAGUAAUAUAAUUUUUUAAAUUUAAUUUGCGUGAAAAAAUAUUAUUAAGCAAACAACAACAACAAGAAAGCAACAAGCAAAGAAGUUGUACCGAAUCUCCACGGUUUUUAUAUGUAAGCCCUUUGAAUUCUUUUCAUAUUUGUUUAUUAAUGCUUUCGCUGUUAUAUGAAGGCUUUUGUGCUUUAAGUAAGAAAUUUAAUUUCACAAAUGUCUUUCAAGUAAUAAAAUUAUUAGCUUGCGCUUUUCCACUAUUUCCGACUGACAUUUGCAGUGUGUAUUGUUAAAUUAGUACUGUCAUUUAUAACGGCAAUUUAUGAAACACAUUAAAUAACGUGCAUUUGAUUUGAAUUGUUGUAAUACCCGUACAUUCCAUUAAAUCAUAAACAACUUUCACAUCGACAUGUGUUAUAAGUAUUCAUACAUACUUAAAAAAUUAUCCUUACUUUAUACGAUGAAGAAAAAAACGAAGUCUUAAAUUUUUUUCAAAUGUAUUUUCAAAAUUUUUUUAUACAUAUGUAU